AUGACUGCUCACGUUCCUGCACGCCAGCCCUUCGCGGCCUUGGAUGGCCCUCGUUUGCGGAACCUGACCAGUGCGAAGAACCGCCAGAACUCCAUUUCCGCUUCCCUUUCCUUCCCCGCCUCUGGCAAGCAGUCCAAGUACUCGCCAUCAUCGAAGCGCCGCCACACGACGUCGCCUUUCGAUGGUGAUCUGAGCAGCGAGAAUGCGGACCCCGCUGUUUUUGACUCACCAACCAAGCGCUCUAAGAACUUGGACGGGAGCCCGAAGAAGGUCUCAAAGUUCAUCUUGGGCGCUGAUGCUGCCCCCGCCUCUUCAUCAUCUGCCCGCCGCUCUACCCCGCUGUCGACCGUAGAGAAGCCACGAGCGUCAACCGUGCCCGCCCAGUCGUCCAUCAGCACUAGCCGCGGCUCUCCGAAGAACAAGCGUGCCGGCCUUCUCUCCAAACGCCGCACUACUCGCAUUGAUCCGCCAUCCUUUGACCUCAGCCCUCGCCGCAACUCCGGCGUGCCUUUCUCCAUUGACGCCGCGCUGAGCGGUACCAUCCCCGACUAUGCGCCCCCGCCCAAACCUGCUGCACGCAAACCCGCCUCCCUCCUCGAUGAGUCGAUGCCCAAGGGCUGGUUCUUCGAGAUCCACGAGGACAGCCCCGAGGAAGAAGCGACGAACAUGAUGGAGCACUCGGCGACGACGCUUGACAUCUCGUCUGACGAUGACUGCGACACUCGUGCUGAGACUGAGUCACGCGAGAGGGGCAAGGAAAACAUCCCGCCACCCGAUUACUAUCUCACCUCGAGCUCUCGUUCCGCUGGCGCUUCUGAUGCUAGCGCUGAGCCGAGGAAGGCGAAGCCGCGCCGCAAAUUUGAGAAGGAUGCCAUGGAGGAAGAUCGCUCCCCGCUUUCCGCCCUGCCUGCCUCUGAUUUCUUUGGGGAAGGGCUUGAUGCGAAUUCCUACGUCAUCGUUGAUGGCACUGCUCCGGAAAAGCCUUCGAGGCUGUCCAAGGAGUGCACUUUCGACGACAUCCCCACAAAGGAGGGGAAAGAUGCUGCUAGCGCCACUGUCACCAAAUCUGCAAAGAACAUUGGCAGCACUGCAAAGGACCUCGAGUCAACUGCUUCUGAGGUUUCUUCGCCAGAAGAGAGCUCGGACUUCGCAGUCUUCGACGAGACUGCUACCGAGACACCUGACACGAACGCAUCGGUCAAGGUCUAA